GUUCUUCUUAUACUUCUCCAAGAAUUAUGUAUGUUAAUAAUAAUAAUAAAAAAAAUGUGGCCACACGCACAUAAAAGAUAAGUUAUCUUACUCUUCACUGUUGCUAUGAUCAGUGAUAGAGAUAUGAUAAUACUUGGUGAAAAACUAUUGUAUGAUUCAGAGUUUAUCUUUUUUUAUGAUAUUCAUGUUUCUUUAUGAGUUAAGAAAACAAUUGGGAAUGAUUCACCUCUGUUAUUGAUGGCAAAAUAAACGAAAGAAAUUGCAUUAUAAUGACUAGUUGUGGUGAAGUUCUGUAAAUAUAAGUAAGUGGCGUAGAAACACUUAUUACCUGUAGUGCAGACAUUCUGUUCAUGACGUCACUCCUUACUUCCUUCUUGUGUCAUUAUAUAUAUAUAUCCCUUACUGUUCUUAGUAUAACUAGAAUCUCAGAUUUGUUUGUUUUUCUAUUAAGCUUCAACAUUUUCUAUUGUCCUACUUUAACUAGUAGAAAUCAUGAAUGAAAAUAACAUUGACUUUACAUGGCAUUUCUUUUCUAAUCAAUUAAUUUCAUUUCAACAUAUAAAAAAAUAUAUCGACAUGAAGUUGUUUAUUAAGGAUAAAGCAACUACGCUUUCAUCUCUUACAUGUAUAUUUCACAAAUUAUACGAAAUUAUAGGUCCAUUCAAUGUAUGGUUGAUUGGACUUAGCAUAUUAUGUUUAUCAUGUGCUGCUUUAUUUUCAUUGAUCGAAUCUUGGACAAUAUUCUUCUAUCUGACAUUAGCACCUUACUUGAUCAUAUUGGCUUGGUCACUUCCAUUAACUCGUAUUGGAAGUUGGAAAGCAAUUACAUCUAUUAUUCAUCGUUUAUGUGGUAUUCUUUCUCUCUUAUUACCUAUGGGAUUGAUAAUAUAUAAUUCAUGGACAGAUGAACAUCCUCCAAGAUAUCUUUAUUUUAUAGCUGUAUUAGGUGUUAUUUUCAAUUGUGUAUUUGGUGCUCUUCUUAUUCCUCAAAGAAUUCCAAGUUUUGAUAUUCCAACAAUCCGAGCAUUUGGUGUUGGUGUUGUUCUUGGAUUAUCAUUUGUUGGAUGGUCAUUAGUAUGGUAUUUUGGCGCUGAACCAUGGUUUGCUCCUUUCGGAUAUGCAUGUGCAAUUUAUAGUUUUAUCACAUGUUUUUUUGCUUGGAAUGAUUCUAUACAACAUAUUUAUACUAAUAUGACAAAUCCAUAUUAUGCUACACAACUUGAUUUAGAAUAUUUCAAACCACCAAAACGACCUUAUCAAGUUGGAUUAAAACAUAAACCUUACAAAUUAUGGGAAGUAUUUACAAUAUUUCCAUUCAAAUCUGCUCAUCCAAAAUUACAAGAAGUUACAGUAACACCUUCAUCAGCAGCUGUAGUUUUUACUGUGACAUUAACUGCUAUAUUUUCAUUGACAACAUUACUGCAAUGGUAUUAUCUUUAUUGUGGACCAAGUGGAAUGAUAUUUCGUCAUGAAUUAUUUCCAUCUUAUACAAAAUAUUCAGCAUAUUUAGCUUUACUUGCUGCUGUUGCAAAUAAUUUUGGUACAUUUGCUGGAACUUUAGUCGUUCAACAGAAAGUAUCUUCAUUUUGGGGAGCUUUUUUUAAUGCUAUUGGUCUUCUAAUACCUAUUGUUGGAACAUUAAGCUUUCAAUUACGUGUACCAUAUGAAAAUAUCUUGUAUUCCAUUUUGUUAAAUAAAUGUUCUGCCUAA